AUGACUGGACGCCAUGGAUAUGAUGUACGCCCGGAGCGUCAGAACGAAUACUUUAUCCCUGGCGAUGGUAUCAGCCGGGAGGUCAUCCAAGCAGACAUUUGCCGUUACCUUGGAAAUGAUGCGCUCGGUCGCCAGGGUUAUUUCAUCCGUGCCUACCGGAAUCUCACCUCUGAAAUGAUUGCUGAUCUCAAGGCUGACUCUUCUCGGUGGGAGGCUGAUGUGAUCCGUCGGGCUGACCAAGGCUAUCCGAGAGGUAGUUACAUUCAAGACUACAGCAUGUCACAGGCGCCUAACAUGGUUCCAGCGAACUAUGCGACCUCUUCAAUUCAUGAAGGCCGCCAACAGCAGGGCCCAUCUCCUCCACCUGCCUACUCGGCACCACCUGCUCAGCCAUACGUGGACCCAUACCAGGCGGGGUUCGCACAGACUCAGAGCCCUCCUUAUCCAACCCCUUCGUCAUACCCUUCCAACCACUCACCCUUUGGAACUGGCCAAAACCCGUAUCCCGCGCAGAUUCCUUACUCUGCUCCCAGCCAACCCCCCGUGUCUACUGAGAUGCACCCAACGUAUACGUACACGAGCACUGCUGGUUAUGCUUACGAGAAUGGGAGAAACAAUGCCCCCAGAUACCCUGGUCCUGGCUAUGAAACCGAAUCGGAUUAUUCCCCGGUUACUUCCGGAAUGGCUUAUCCUGCCACCACAGCCCCGGACCCCCGGAUAGGAAUGGACCCAAGAUAUACCCCGGAGUCGGCUUACUCGGACCGCAGUAGGCCACAGCCCGCCAGGGAAAGAGAUGCCACGCGCCGACCCCGGUAA